UUUUACUGUUUUAAACCCGGUUCCUGAUUUCUGUAAUUAUCGCAAAAAUGACUGAAACUACCAUUACACCACCUUCGUUCCCUCAUCCUGGCCUUGAUCAUUUGGCAAACACCGAAGAGCUUCGAAGCCAAUGUCCUGCAUUUGCUGCUGGCUGUCCUUAUGCCAAGGUUGAUAAUCAUGUCAUUAGCGGAUUCGGCGAACUUUCGAAAUGCCCUGCUUUCCAAGAAGGUUGUCCUUUCUCCAACAAGAACAAGGAAGAAAUCCGAUCAUUGUUUUCCAAUAUGCCAAAGGAACAUCCUAACAUCGACAUGCAAACAACUGCCGAGUCCCCUGAAGGCGCCAUCCUCGUUCAAAUGCUUAACCAGAUUGUCUCUGAUACCGCAAUGGGCAAAGUCGCCUCAACCGGUGAUGAAGCCGCUGUAACAUCUGCUGAGCCUACUACUCCUGCUCCAGCACCAUUGAAGAAAGACGUCGAGAGCGAAAUCAUGGAAGACCCUCAAUUGGCUGCCGCUAUGCGUGAAGGAACCAUGGCUGCCCACAAGGCUGCAGAGAACAGCGUUUUCACAAAGCGCUUCCUGAAGGGUGAAAUCAACCGCGACGAAUAUGGCCGUUACAUUACAUCGCUCUAUUUCGUGUACAAGUCUAUGGAGUCCUUACUGGAAAAGCACAAGGACAACCUGGCCAUCAAGACGAUCUAUUUCCCUGUUGAGUUGAACCGAGUCCAUGCUCUUUUGCAAGAUCUCGAGUUCUAUUACGGCAAGGACAAGGUAUCGCAGGUCACAGAUCCUGCUACAAUGACACCAGCUGUCAAGGAAUACGUGGAAGCGAUGGAACUCGCAUGUGAAGUGAACCCAGCAUUGCUCGUGGCACACAGCUACUCGCGUUACCUUGGUGAUUUGAGCGGCGGACAAAUUCUGGCCAAAAGGUUAAAGAAGCACAUUCUCGGUUUGUCGGAAGGUGAUGGUGAUUGGGAUAGCGACGAGGGUCUUCACUUUUAUGACUUUGCAAACAUUGGCAAUCAGAGCGCUUUUAAGAAUGAAUAUCGUGAGCGUUUGAACAGAGCUCCUGUUGAUAAGCGAACAAGAGAUCUGAUCGUGACCGAAGCCAUUCGAUCCUUCGAAGUCAACAUUGCAGUGUUUGAUGAAAUCCAGCAGUUGUCUGAACAAGACAAGCUGGUGCCUACCCUUGGCAGUGAAAAGAAAUCUGCAGGUAGCACAUUGGCACGCUGGUCGCCUGCCAUUGCGCUUUCCGUAGCAGCAGCUGCCAUUGGCACUGCAUAUUAUGUUCGCUUCUACCAGCGAAAGUAAAUAAUGCCACAACACAACAUCGCCCCCACUUAUAUAUAAUUCACAUCGGUAAUCCACCCGUUCCCUAUCUUGUUUGCGUCCUACUCCUCCUUUUUUCCCCUUGUUAACUUCCUGUCUUUAUAUCAUCUGCACAUCAACUUCCCAAUCAUCAUCUUUUUCGUUUUCAUUUUCCUCAGUCUGUUUUUAAUCCAAAGUACCAAUAAAACCCAACUAGUGCAAGAGUCGCUACAGCUGGUAACA